AUGGCGGGACGGCGCCCCUCAGAAACGAGUGCUCUACUCAACGAACAUGGGAUUGAUGAUUUUCGCAAAUCUGUUGAGCAAAUAGAUCAAAGAUACUAUGGCGCCAUCGAAGACGGUGAAACUACUUCAUUAUUACUGAAAGGACCCGAGCUCGAGACAACAUGGAAGGCCGAAACCACCCUGUUGGCCAGAUAUUCGGCUCCUCUUAUCAUCACCUAUCUCCUUCAAUACUCUUUCAGUCUGGUUACAGUCUUCGUCGCUGGUCGACUUGGUACGAAGGAGUUGGGAGCUGCCUCACUUGCAACCAUGACUGCCAAUGUUACAGGUCUCUGCGUGUAUGAAGGUCUAACCACAAGCUUGGAUACCUUGACCUCGCAAGCAUUUGGGAAUGGCAAAAAGCAGCUAGUGGGUCUUCAUGUCCAACGCAUGAGUCUUCUGGUUUGUGUUGUAACUAUCCCGAUUGGUGCCAUCUGGAUUUGUUCACCUUGGAUCCUGUCUGCAUUGGUCCCUGAAACAGACCAGGCUAUCCUUGCGGGUCAAUUUAUGCGAAUCUACUUGCUGGGUGGUCCUGGGUGGGCAAUAUUCGAGGCUUCAAAACGACUAUGUCAGGCUCAGGGCGAUUUCACCGCUUCGCUAGUGGUCCUUUCCAUCUGUGCUCCGCUCAACGUUCUUUGGAAUUGGCUAUUUGUCUUCCAUUUCAAACUCGGAUUCCAGGGUGCUGCAUGGGCUGUUGUACUCUCCAACAAUCUGCAGCCGAUUGUUCUGGCACUCUAUAUUUCAUUCUUUGCUCGUUCCAAUCUCCAAUGUUGGCCAGGUAUCGACCUCCGUCGCGCAUGUCAGAAUUGGGGACCUAUGGUCAAACUUGCCGUUCCGGGAGUCAUGAUGACCUUCUCUGAGUGGUUAGCUUUCGACAUCCUCACCAUUGCUGCUGGGUACUUGGGCGAAGUCGAUCUGGCCGCUCAGUCGGUUCUAAUGACGGUUGUAGUGACCAUGUACCACAUUCCAUUUCCGAUCUCGAUUGCAGCUUCGACUCGUUUUGGGAAUCUCAUUGGUUAUGGUGCUCUGGACGCUGCUUAUAUCGCGUGGAGGACCCACUAUCUGAUUUUUGUCGGCAUUGGGACUUUCGAUGUGAUCCUGUUGACAUCCUGCCGGCAUCUCAUUGCAGCUGUCUUUACAGACGAUGAUGCAGUCCGUGUUGCAAUCACCAAGGUGAUCGCCAUUGCAGCGGCGGCCCAAUUCUUUGAUGCUCUUUUGGCUCUUUCAAAUGGUCUAUUGAGAGGCCUGGGAAGACAGAAGAUUGGAGGCUGGGUUAAUCUGGGGGUCUAUUAUCUGUAUGCCUUACCACUUGCCUUCUUCCUUGCCUUUGGUCCAGCCAAGAUGGGACUCACUGGUAUGUGGAUUGGUCCAAGUUCCGGAUUGGCAUGCGCCGCCAUUUCCAUGUUCUUGUACAUGCGCUACACUGACUGGCAAAAGGCGGUGGAUGAUGCAAGGGCCAGAGAAGAGUGA